AUGGCAUUUAGCGGAGCUCUUCAGCUCACAGACCUCGAUGAUUUCAUCACUCCAUCUCAAGAGUGUAUAAAACCUGUUAAAGUGACUAAGAAGUCUGGUAAAACAGCUGCCAUUAAAAUCGGGGAUGAUGGUGAAUAUAGCCAGAUUGGUAUAGAUGGCGGGGAGGUGAAGCUUGAAAAAGCAACGAUUACGCUCAAUGACUGUUUAGCUUGUAGCGGAUGUAUCACUUCUGCCGAGAGCGUCCUUAUCACGCAACAAAGCCAAGAAGAGUUGUACAAGAUUUUGAACUCGAACAAAAUCUUACUUGAACAGGGAAAAUCAGACGAAUGCAAAUAUGUCGUUAUUUCGAUAUCUCCUCAGUCUAAAGCCUCACUUGCAGUGAAAUAUAAGCUAAAUGCAAAUGAAGCAAUAGAGAAAAUAUCAGGUUUUUUCAAGCAGCUUGGUGCCAGUGCUGUGUAUGAUGUAGCCCAAGCUAGGGAUUUAAGCCUGGUUGAAAGUGGACAUGAGUUCAUAAGGAGGUACCAAGAUAAGGAAACUGACAAAACUGCCCUGCCCAUGUUAGCAUCAGCUUGCCCUGGUUGGGUGUGCUAUGCAGAAAAGACACAUGGCUCUUAUAUAUUGCCUUAUAUAAGCUCUACAAAAUCCCCGCAACAGAUAAUGGGAUCGCUAACAAAGGACCACUUGGGAGGAGGGAGAAAACCAGACCAGGUGUAUCAUGUGACUGUCAUGCCUUGUUAUGACAAAAAGCUAGAAGCAUCGCGUCAGGAUUUCUAUGACGACUUGUACAGUACAAGAGAUGUGGAUUGUGUGUUAUCUACACUAGAGGUGGAUGAAAUGUUUAAAAGAGAAGGAAUACAACUGGGUGAUGUCAUCCCGGCGCCUCUUGAUUCCAUAUAUGGUCGACAGGGUAGCGCCAUGAACCACCCCAAUAAUGGUUCCGGAGGGUACCUUGAACAUGUUAUGAAACAUGCAGCUAAAGAGAUCUAUGGGCACACUACUGGAGACCUUAAGUAUAAAACAAUGCGGAACAACGACUUCAAAGAAGUCACACUUGAAAUUGAUGGCAAAGUGGAGCUGAAGUUUGCCAUUGCUUACGGCUUCCGUAACAUACAAAACAUAGUACAAAAGGUUAAACGAGGAAAAUGUAACUACCAUUUUGUUGAAGUUAUGGCAUGUCCCUCUGGGUGCCUGAAUGGUGGGGCACAGUUGAGGCCAGAGGAGGGUGUUACCCAGAAGGAGCUUUUAGCUGAAGUGGAGGGUGUAUAUGAUGAAAAUGAUGCCACAUUGGAGUGUGGUAGCGAUGAGUUGGAUCAGCUCUAUGCUACGUGGCUAGGGGGUAGAAAUUCUGAUAAAGCUCUCAAGAUGCUGCAUACGCAGUAUCACGCCAUCGAGAAAGAAACUAAUGCCCUAGGGAUAAAGUGGUAAAUCCCUCCCUCAUGGAGCUGUUCUGGCCUUCUGGGUGUUGCUGCUUAGAACAUUGCUCUGAUCAAAUAAUCUCUCAAGAGAAUAAGAUGAUUUCCAAUGAUAUAUCUAAUUGUCUUAGUGAAAAUUGCUACUUA